CCAUGACAAGCAUGGGCAGGUACCAGACCGUGAGUGGAUCACCCGACGAGAAGGCGACCAACCCAUCGGUGCAUGCAGGAGUGUUCUCGAACAUCUUUUGCUUCUGGGCCAACCCGCUCUUGGCCAAAGCCAACACACCGGAUGGGCUCACGAGUGAGGACCUGUGGGCGUUGCCUCCUGCUAGCACAGCCAAGCAAGUGGCCGCCAAGUUUGACCCGAGCUUUCGACAGACACGGUCCAUCGUCACGUCGUACCUGUCGAUCUUUGGGUGGCGGUUCCUCUUCCUUGGCGUGCUGCAGGUGCUGAUUGUGGCCGGCGCAUUGUACGGCCCGGUCGUGUUGCAACAGGUACUGGAGCUCGUGGAAUCGCCUCAACCGUUCGACAUGGACCGCGCUAUGGUGUACAUUGGGUCACUCUUGGGCGUGAAGGUCGUUCAAGCGAUCGUGAGCUCCCACACGACGUUCCAGAGCGAAGUGAUCGCGCACCGGUUCACGUCGUCGUUACAGCAACUCGUGUUUCAAAAGGCAUUGACCCUCGAUGCCAAGUCUCGCCGCGAUGCCAAAGCCGACAUCUCGAGCUUGUUUUCGAGCGACAUGAUGUGGAUCGUGAGCUUUUCCUACUACAUCCAUCAGCUGUGGAUCAUUCCAAUGCAGUUGGGACUGGUGCUGUACCUGUUGUUCAUGCUGUUGGACACGGCGGCUUUUGUGGGCGCGGCCGUCAUCGUUGUUACGCUCGUGUUGAACAGCGGACUUGCGCACCUCCAACGCAACUUGUGGCGGACGCUCAUGCAGCUUAAAGCCAAGCGCAUGAAAGCGCUCAAGGCUGCGUUGGGCGUCAUCGCGGAUCGCAAACUCGACAACGUCGCGGACCGCCAAGAGCUGCUGCCCGAGAUUCACACGAUUCGAUCCCAGGAGAUCGGGGCGCUGUGCGGCGCAUUCAGCUUAUCGGCGGUCGUCACGGCUAUCUUGUACUCGGCGCCGAUCCUCGUGACCGCGGCGUCGCUGGCGUUUUACACGCUCGUGCUGCGCCAGCCCAUUACCGCCACCAAAGUGUUUACGUCCCUCGCGCUGUUUCGAUCGCUACGAGCACCCCUCAUUGGCCUGCCCCAAAUUACCGCGCAUUUCAUGCAGGCCCUCGUGGGGCUCCGUCGGCUGCGGGAGUUUAUGAACUUGACGGAAAAAGACCCGAAUAUCGUGCUCUCGCCCAACCAAUUGUCGGCCAAUCAGUAUGAAGCAUAUGCAACCCAUAACGUGGAUAUUGCCAUCGAAGACGGGUCGUUUGGGUGGGAUGCAGACAAGCCUAUGUUUCGAGGAUUGAACCUCCAAGUGAAACGUGGGGAGCUCGUGAUUCUGCAUGGCGACGACAAGAGCGGCAAGACGUCGCUGUGCAAUGUCAUCUUGGGCGAGUUGGAAAAGUACGAGGGAAGCGUGUUUGUGGGCGGGCGCGUCGCGUACUGCUCCGAGGACCCUUGGCUGCAGCCUGUGCUGUCUAUUCGAGACAACAUUCUCUUUGGCAAGCCCUAUGAACGAUCAAAGUACAAUCUUGUCAUGGAAGCUUGUGGGCUGCGCGUGUUGGAAGAUGGGUUUCCGUACGGCGAUCGCACUCUAGUCAUGUCGAAUCCGCUGUCGAAAGCUGACAAAAGUCGCGUCUGCCUCGCGCGCGCCGCCUACAAUGACGCGGACAUUUACGUUUUGGACAUGCCCAUCCCCGACAGUCUGUUUCAAUCGUGCAUUCUCGGCCUGCUUCGCCUCAAAACAGUCGUGCUGGUGUCGGAAGAUACCAAUAUCAUCCAGUCCAAUUACAUUGACAAGCGCUUUGACGUGGGACAAAACGACCUCGUGAUCAACAAGACCAAGGCUAAAUUAGCUGCAAACAACUUGAUUGCUGCCUUGCCGAGUCGCAAGCGAUUUUGGGAAGAAGAAGCGCAUGUGAUGGAACCAGAAGUGCCAACGAGGCUUGGUCACCUCUCCCUUUCCUCGUACGAGUCACUCGUUUCGCCGUCGCUUCGGUCUCCGUACGGCAUGCUUCAAGAAGAACCGCCGCGGUUCGUCAUGGACGAGUUUCAAGGGCCAGCGUUCCCCGACGACUCCACCGAGCACACGUUUGUCAAGGAUGCGAUCCGAGGGUACCUCCGUGCGGCGGGUGUGUGUCUCGUGGUGGUGGUUGUGCUCGUACAGUGUAUGUGGCAGGUGCUGCAGCUGGGCAGCGACCUCUGGCUCAGUCACUGGUGUACGACGUCUUCGCUCCAUCUGUGGAGCAACAACUCGAUGUUUACCAACGGCACCAUCGUGCUGUCGACGCACCGGAAUGUGUCGAACGUGACCAAAGUCCUCCUCCACGAUGACACGAUCGUUGUGACAGAGGCCAUGGUCAUGGCGUAUUCCAACUGGAACAUGAACGUGUACGUUGUCUUGGCGGGGGUUGGCACGGUCAUGGUAGUCGUGCGGACGCUCUUGACCUCUUGUGCAGGCAUGCGCGCGUCCAACGUGCUGUUCAACGGCAUGACCAACACAGUAGUGAAUGCCCCGCUCGCCGACCUGUCGCCAGACCGAGUCAGUCGAAUCCUCGGCGUGUACAACGCCGACAUGGCCACGGUGGACACGCGGCUGCCAUUUUCUUUGGGCGGGUUCGUGGCCAACGUGUUCAUUUCAGUCUUCUGCCUCGGGGCGUGUAUCGUGUGUCUACGAUGGUCGGGCAUCGCGCUGAUCUUAUGGGGGGGGCUGUACAUGUACUUUGGCUCGCAUUUUGCCCGACCGGCGCAAGAGGUGGAAAGCCUGGCCAACGCCACGCGGGCACCGCAUGUGGCGUUCGUCCAUCAAUCGGUCGCGGGGGCGGUCGUGAUUCGGGCGUUCGGACUCAAGCAAGUCCGGCGGUUCCACCGUCUGCACCAGACCCACGUCGACGCGCACCAUCGAGCUAGCUACGCGCACCAAGUGUUGGCGCACUGGUUUGCACUUCGAAUGCAGCUGCUCCAUGCGUGCCUUAUCGCGUCCAUCGCGGCGGCCGCGGCGGCGCUCGUGUCCACAACCGACGGGCUCUCCCCCGGCCUCUUUGGGCUCGUGUUCAACUAUGCGCUGCUAGUACCGCCCCACUUGGAGUUUGUGUUUACGAUCUGGUCGGGCGUGCUGUCGUCCUUGGCCGGAGUCCACCGCGUGUUGGAGUACGUCCACGGCCGCCAAAGCAAGUACAUCUCGUACGUGUAGUGUGACAUGGGCCUACCUCUACAGGCACGGAUUUCGAGAGUUGAGAUUGACAUAAUAAUAGACUUUUGAACGUUGAAUAAAAUGACUACUACUACU